AUGGCACCCCUCCCUAGCCUCACUUCUCCCACCUCUUCCCACUUCCUCCUCUUCCCUCAGGCCUUCCGCCGCCAAUCCACCGACAGCAUAAUCCCGACCACCUACGGCAGCAUCAACAGCGGUCCGGCCCCGGGGACCGUCGCCGGCAUCGUCCUCGGCUCCGUAGGUGGCUUCCUCCUCCUCCUCUGGCUGAUCUACACCUGCGUGCGAUUCGGAUCCGCGUCCUCGCGCUCCGCGUACACGGAGUCCGUCGUCGUCCCCGCCGCGCGCCCGCGCCGCCGGAGAGCCCACCACCGCGGCGGGGGCACUGUCCGGCGCGAGACGGUCGAGAUUCGUCGCGAGCGCAGCCCCGUGCGGAUCCCCCUGCGGGAGCCCGAGAUUGUGAGGCUGCCGUCGACGCCGAUGCCGAGGCAGCCGGAGAGGGUCGAGAGGGUCGUCGUGGAAGAGAGUAGGGAGACGAGGAGGGAGAGGGAGAGGAGUCGUGGCGGGAGCGACGAGAUUGUUGUUAUCGAGGACCAUAGCCCGCCGCGGAAGAAGAAGAGCUCGCGGACAGCGGCGACGGUGAGGAGUAGUGCGGAGAGUGUGAGGAGGGAGAGCGGCUACAGGACUGUGGAUCCGACGACGUAUGGGGGUGCUGUGGGCGGGAGGAAGGCGGGUAGGAGGAGGUGA